UGCCCUAGGUCUAAAGAUAGUAUGUACCAUGCCCUUGGGUACAGCACUAUUUUAGUUAUGGAAGCUGCUAUGACCUUUGAACAGCAGGAUAUACAAAUAGGAAUUUCUGUGAUGAAGGAAGCUUUGCAAACCUGCCAAAGAUUCAGGAAAAGAAGCACAGUGGUGGAAUCCUUGUCCAAUCUAGUUUCUAAACAGCCAGUGGAUCAGUUGAGUGAAGAGGAAAUGCAUGCUGAAAUCUGCUAUGCUGAAUGCUUACUACAGAAGGCAGCUCUCACCUUUGUACAGGAUGAAAAUAUGAUCAACUUUAUUAAAGGUGGCCUCAAAAUUAGGACAAGUUACCAAAUAUACAAAGAAUGUCAUCAGGUGCUACAGAUGACUCAGGGGAACAAAAGCAAAAAUGAAACUUUCUACCAGUUUGAAGGAGGAGUAAAACUUGGAAUCGGAGCAUUCAACUUGAUGCUGUCACUUUUACCAGGACGGAUCCUCCGACUUCUAGAAUUUAUUGGAUUUUCUGGCAACAGGGAGUUGGGCCUCUGUCAACUACGGGAAGGCGCAUCUGGCAGCAGUUUGAGGGCCAUUCUGUGUACUUUCAUCCUGUUGGUUUAUCAUACUUACAUCUCCUUAAUCCUUGGUACAGGGGAAGGCAACCUUCAGGAAGCAGACAGUCUCCUUGAACCAUACCUCCAGAAAUUUCCAAAUGGUUCCAUUAUUCUGUUUUAUGCUGCCAGAAUAGAUACACUGAAAGGAAAUUUUGAAAAGGCGCAGGCGGGGUUCCAAGAAUGCAUAGCAGCCCAGCAAGAGUGGAAACAGAUUCAUCAUCUCUGUUACUGGGAGCUGAUGUGGUGCUACACCUUCCAGCAGAACUGGCUUCAAGCAUAUCAGUAUGCAGACCUGCUGAGCAAAGAGAGCAGGUGGUCUAAGGCAAUAUAUGUAUUCCAGAAAGCAGCAAUUCUAUGUAUGCUUCCAGAGGAUGAUUUGAAAAGGACUGGUGAGGACAUUGUAUCUUUAUUCAGACAAGUGGAUGGUCUAAAACAGAGAAUUGCAGGAAAAUCUAUCCCAACUGAGAAGUUUGCAGUGAGGAAAGCUCGACGCUAUGCAAGUUCUCAACCAGUGAAGCUGAUAUUACCUGCCUUGGAAAUGAUGUAUGUCUGGAAUGGCUUUGCAGUUGUGGGCAAAAGAGCAGACCUCACUGAGAACUUGCUGGUAACAAUUGAAAAAGAAGAAACUGCUCUCCAAAAUGAAACUA